AACGAAAUAUGGAUUCGGAAGACAAUUUUAACAAAAUCACGGCUUGUAUUGAUGAAAAAUAUGAAAAAGUUGUACAUGAAGUGUGUCAUGUACCGCGUGUAAUGAAUCUGAAUGAUUUUUACAGAGUCUACGAAUUGGAGGAAAAGGCAAUCAAUGAGAAAUAUGAUAAUGUACCGAGAGUAGCACCUACCAUCGACCUAUUUGCAGAAGUAUUUAAAAAGUUCGAUGAGUAUCCGGCCAAUUUGCAAAAACUGAAGAAAGCCCCACCACCCAUGCGUGAACGUUUAAAUUCCACCAUAUCAAAGUCUUCACCUACUCUAAAUGAUUCAACUAGUUCCACUACCAGCAACCACAACAAAGAAAAUUCUCUGAGCUUGAUAAAUUUAAACAAGAUCGAUGAUGUGCCUACAGCCUCUGAAACCCUAAGUAGUUUUGUUAAAUUUCAAAAGCAACUAAAACUGUUGAAUGCAGAAAUAAUGCAACAGGAUGUGGACAAGGAGUAUUCUAACAAGUUAAAGCAACUAAAUUUAUUUGCCCAACAGCUGGAAAAAUUGCUGCCUACGGAAAAAGUUGGAAAGUCAGCUCUUACCACGGAAGAGGAGGAUAUUUUAGAAGAUUUGGUCAAUAGAAUGGAUGAUCUCAACUUCAUACGAGGCCACCAAGAUGUAUUUCGACAACAAAAUGGUGUAGUCAACAAUAUUGCACCGAAGUUAGAAAAUUUGGUUGAUAUUUUAUCUUAUUGUCUAUUAGCUGUUAAUUCUUUCAAUAUAAAUUAAUUUAUUUACUACAUAUUAAAA